AUGGCGUCAGAAGAUGACGGCCAUGGCGCUUGCGAGCUGCUGGCCAAGGUCGCCAAAGGGGUCUUUCCUAUCGUUAUGCGAUGCGGCAUUCAGCAGCGGGAGCGCGUUGCGGGGGAAGUGGGCACAAGGCUUGGCCAGAUUGCUCAAGAGCCGUUACAAGGUUAUGAGACGGAUCAAGAGGCCGAGGGUGCCGCGACAAGUCUGUUGCAUACGCUGCUGAUGAUAUGCAAGUUUCCUGACCCAGUCGGAAGGCAGACUACGGCGUGGGAAUGUUACUCAAGCAUCCUUGCGCUUCUGAGGCCUGAGAGCAAGGCCAAGCUAAACAAGUCGGUCCUUCUGUACUUCAAGAUGGGCCCUGGCUAUAGUAGCCAGGCAAAAGAACAAUGUGACAGAUUCUUCGCCAGACUUAGCGAAGAGGGACCCAACAAAAAGACGGCUGCUGACCAGAUUAUGGGAGGGACGAGGAUGCCGGAACCUAGCGACUACCCUCGGCAUGUCAACGAGAACUUGUUUCAAAUUCUUCACCGGCAUUCCCAGUCGUGCGGGGACCAUCACCUGCUCUCUCAUCCUGCGAGGCUCUAUCUUGAUGGAAACCCGCAGAUCCAGAGCAAGCACGCACAGUUUGAGCUGGUGGUUUCAACAGCCGAUAUGAAUUACUGGCAGGACCUUUGGGUUGGAGUGCCUAUGCAAACUAAAACUCGAAAGCGCCUUGUCGGUUUCAACCUUGGCAGAGAUGUGAGCAGCGAUGAGGAUGAAGAAGAAGGUGACGAAGCCUCGGGCCUCGACCAAGUCAGCCCAGAUUACUUCUGCCAAAUCCUGAGAGACCCUUCGUUUGCCAAGCUGAGAGUCCGAUUCAUUCAAGGCCUUGGGCUCGUCUCACUUCGCCCGCCAGCCGCGCUUGAGCGCUUCCUCUGUCCUGGACAGGGCCUGCCACUCUGCACAGCUGUGGAGAGCUACAAGCUAAAGGACAAAGACAAGGUCAUACUUGCCCACGCUAUCGCGCACUCGUUCUGGCAGUUUUAUGGAUCAGAUCUGAUGCAAGAGCGGUGGACAAGCCACAAUAUUUGGUUCAUGCAAGAAACUGAUGAGCAGCAACACCCGAAAGAUCAGCUCGCGUUGAGAGCUUACAUGUCCCUUGACUUCAACGGCCAGAAUAGUGUUGAUGAGAGCAUGGACAACCCGAUGGUUACACAUCCGUUCCCACACAUCCUGGCGCUUGCAAUUGUCUUGCUGGAAAUUGGCCUCAGACGGCCUUUCAAGUCGAUGGAUCAUCUACCACUCGCAUCUCGGCUGAAUCGAGACCAUGGGGCUGCAAAUCAGCUACUCAACGAGUUGGAAAAAAGUCAUUGGGAGAGCUCAACGCAGCGAGACAUCUUCACGAGGGUUGUCGCGAACUGUUUGGAUCAACGACUUUUUGCUAUCGACCCGACAUCGAAACACAAAAAGACCAAGAGCUCAGGAGUGGCUGCCACGAGUACUAGAGCUGGUGGUGGGGAGUUCCAAGUGGACGAAAGAAGGCGACGAAUCUACGCCAAGGUUGUUGAGCCUUUAGCCAGGCUUGUCAACAUCGCCUUCAAGAAUGAUCCAAAGUGCAUAUCAUAUUUGUCAAGGUGCAGAGAGGCCGAAGCAACCCAGCAGCAGCUCCGCCCUCCGGUGGCAUCGUUCCACGCCGGCAAGACGAUUGUCGCGCGUGAGUGGUUGGACAACUUGAAGCACAUAAGUCGGCACAUCAUGUUGCUACGGCGACAAAAACCGGAUCAUGUCUUCGUGCCUGUCAAGAUUGCCAUUCUAGACACUGGUUAUGAUGCCACGUUGCCGUUUUUUAGCCAAGCAGCUAGAGCGAAAUGCAUUCGUGGAUGGAGAGACUUUGUAGGAGAUGGACAGGCGCCUGAUACUGAUGAUACGACGAGACGAGAUGAUUACGGACACGGCAGUCUGAUGGCUCGUCUUGCUAUGGAAUCGGCUCCACUAGCGAAUCUGUAUAUUGCACGGGUCGCCAAGGAUACCAAGGGGCUCUCUUUGGGCAGCAGGUCUAUUGUAGAGGCAAUCCGCUGGGCUGGUCUUAGAGAAGAAGUGGAUGUCAUCUCCAUGUCCUUUGGCUUUCCCGACGAUGACGAAGACAUCGCCAAGGCUAUCGAAGACGUUGAACGAGAGAGGAACGUUGUAUUUCUAGCCAGCGCUGGAAACAAUGCGGCGUAUCAAGCAGAAUCAUUCCCUGCCCGACACAGAUCCGUCAUCUCCAUCAGAGCAACAAAUUGUGACGGCACUUUUAGUGCCAGCAAUCCACCUAUAAUUGAUCGCUACUCCAGCUCUGUUCUUGGCACAUUUGGAGAUGACCUACCGGAAAACAUCCAUAAGGAAAUAACAGGGCGUUUCGGGCCCUCCAUCUGCCAACCCGGAUCGUCCAUCGCCACAGCGGUUGCUGCUGGCAUCGUGGCAUCAACAAUUGCCUUCGCAGAGGCAUUAUCCUCUGUUUUACCUAUACCCAAAGAACAAAGCCCAGUUCAGAGCUUGAAGAAGACACAAGGCAUGAUGAGGAUGUUGGAGAAGAUGGCUCCAGAGCAGACGGGCCAUCACAAGUUUGUGAACCCCAUCUGGUUCUGGAGCGAAAAGUCGGAUCCAUGGAAGGCCUGGGCUGCCAUGUACGAUUCGGUUUCACAACUCAUGUAUAGACGUUAG